AUGUUAAAUUCAAAGAAAAUGAUGGACAAGCACUUAAAGAAAGUUUUGCAGGAAAAUGAAGAUCUUAUCAUUGAGAGCAUAAAUUUUGAGGCUGUAAUCGAAUGUAUGUUGGAAACGGAAAUUUUAUCCCUUGAAGACCAAGAAGAACUGGAGCAAAAUGAUGAUAAAGCAAAUAAAGUGAAAAAAUUUCUGCGAAUGAUUGAAAGAAAAGGUUCCAAGUGUUUUGAAUAUUUCCUUGAUGCUUUGGUCCGAACUGAUAACACAGCUUUGGAAAAUGUCUUACGCAAAAAUGAAAAAGUUCCCUCCUUUCCUUUUGGCAAUGAAUCUAACAAGAUUAGCAACAUAGAAAAUGUUGAAUCCUCAUGCCAGACAUUCAUUAUGCACAACGAAGACCAUACUCUGGGUAACGCACUUCGUUACGUUGUCAUGAAGAAUCCCAAAGUGGAAUUCUGUGGCUAUGGGGUGCCUCAUCCUUUUGACAACAAAAUCAAUUUUCGCAUUCAGACCAAAGGAGAUUCUGCAGUUCAAGUUUUGGCUGAAGGAUUUUCAAAUUUGAAUUCGCUCUGUAAAAUAGUUUUGGAUAAAUUUGAGGACAGCGUACAAAAAUACAAACGAAGCCAAGCAGAAUAA